AUGCCAAACAAACGGCUCUUUGCUGUCUCGCUGGCGGCAACAGCCACAGCAAUCUACAUCAAUGGCUCUGUCGUCGCGCCCUGCGACUCCCCCAUCUACUGCCACGGCCAGAUCCUCAAGGAGAUUGAACUAGCCAGACCAUUCUCCGACUCCAAAACCUUUGUAGAUAUGCCGGCUAUCAAACCUCUCGAGGAAAUACAAACCGCCUUCGCCAAACUCGCCAGACCCAUCACCAACAACACCGCCCUAAACGACUUCCUCGCCACACAUUUCGCCGACGCAGGCAACGAGCUCCAAGAAGUGCCCAAGUCCCAACUCCACACCGACGCCCAGUUCCUCGCCUCCAUCAACGACACCGUCAUCCGGGAAUUCACCCAAAAAGUAAUCGACAUCUGGCCCUCCCUCACGCGCUCGUACCGCCCCUCCACAAACUGCACCUCCUGUCCCAACAGCUUCAUCCCCAUCAAGCGGCCCUUCGUCGUGGCAGGCGGCCGCUUCCGCGAGCCCUACUACUGGGACUCGUACUGGAUCCUCGAGGGCCUCCUCCGCACGCGGGGGUCGUUCACGGAAAUCGCCAAGAACACGAUUGAGAACUUUCUGGAUCUCGUGGAGCAGUAUGGGAUUGUGCCCAACGGCGCGCGGAUAUACUACCUCAACAGGUCGCAGCCGCCUAUGCUCGCGCAAAUGGUGAAGCUGUACGUGCAGCAUACACAGGACACGAGCAUUCUCAAGCGAGCGAUCCCGCUUCUCGUGAAGGAGCAUGAGUUCUGGAUGGUGAACCGCACGAUUGAUGUUCUGCACCGGGGCAAGACGUACACGCUGAAUCGGUAUGCCGUGCAUAAUACGCAGCCGCGGCCGGAAUCCUACAGAGAGGACUAUGAGACGGCGCGGAAUUCGUCGUACUACGCUCCCAGUGGGAUUAUAUACCCCGAGAGAAAAGCGCUGAACGAGUCGCAGUACCAGGAUUUAUAUGCGAAUAUAGCGACGAGCGCGGAGAGCGGCUGGGAUUUCAGUUCGCGCUGGUUGAGGAAUCCUGCUGAUUCAGGGCGGGAAGUGUACUUUCCCCUGCGGAGUAUGAAUGCGAAGAACAUUGUGCCCGUGUGUCUCAACUCUAUUCUAUAUGGAAACGAGGUCGCCAUCGCGGGCUUCUUCAACGAUACGGGCAACACAACCGCGAGUGUAGAAUGGAUGCGACGCGCAAAACAACGCAGCGAAGCCAUGCACGCGGUGAUGUGGAACGACACCCUCUCCAGCUACUUCGACUACAACACCACAUCAUCCACCCAAAACAUCUACAUCUACGCAGACGACGACGCCUCACCACUAGACACGCGCACCGCACCACCAGGCCACCAAGUCCUCUUCCACGUCGGUCAAUUCUACCCCUUCUGGCAGGGUUCCGCGCCAGCACACCUCAAGCACAACCCGCACACCAUAAAGACGAUAUACGCCCGCAUAUCGAGCUACCUCGCCCUCCGAAAGGGCGGCAUCCCCGCCACGAACGUCAAGGCCAACCAGCAGUGGGACCAGCCGAACGUGUGGCCGCCCCUGAUGCACAUCCUCAUGAAGGGGCUGCUCAACACGCCUGCUACGUUUGGGAGGGACGACCCUGCGUAUAGGGAUGUUCGCGAGUUGGCGGUGGCGUUGGCGCAGAGAUAUCUCGAUUCGACGUUUUGCACUUGGCUGGCCACGGGGGGGAGUACGUCGCUUACACCGAAGGCGGGCAAGGGCGUGGGCGUCAUGUUUGAAAAGUAUAGUGAUGAGGCGGUGAAUGUUGCGGGGGGAGGGGGGGAGUAUGAGGUCGUGGAGGGGUUUGGGUGGACGAACGGGGUGUUGAUUUGGGCGGUGGAUGAGUUUGGGGGUGAGUUGACGAGGCCGGUUUGUGGGGAUGUGACGAAGAAGAAGGGGAGAAAGAGGAGUGCGGUUGAGUUGGAUGUUGGGGAUGCGAGGAGGGUGAAGAGGUUUGGCGGGAUGUGA